GCGCACCGACAUGGCCGCGCCCACAUUGCGCCUCUUGAAGCGUCGGUGGCGUCGGUCAUUUCGCGAGGCAUCUGUUUCAAACUUUUACUCGCUGCGAUCGCGAAGCUUAUUGCCAUCGGAAUGCAUCGUUCAAACUUCGAGGUGCAUGUGUUUAUACAGCGACCCGGCGGAAGCUCAGAAAGAGUACGACGUAGUCAUCGUCGGCGGUGGCAUUGUUGGAGUGGCAACGGCGAGGGAACUGUCGUUGCGGCAUCCGAAACUCAAGCUGGCCAUCGUGGAAAAAGAAAACAAACUUGCCGCUCAUCAGAGUGGACACAACAGUGGGGUCAUCCAUGCUGGCAUCUAUUACACUCCCGGAUCGCUGAAAGCAAAACUGUGUGUGAGAGGACUGGACCUCUCGUACAAGUAUUUCGAUGAUCACAAUAUACCUUACAAAAAUUGCUCACAACUUAUUGUGGCCGUCGAACCCGACGAAGUUCCACGAUUGGACGUCUUGGAAGAGAGGGGCAUCAAGAAUGGGGUGAAAGACUUGAAGAGGCUGGAUUCCCGAGAAAUAAAAAGUGUGGAGCCAAACUGCACGGGCUUGCAGGCACUCUGGUCCCCACACACAGGCAUUGUAGACUGGGGUGAGGUGACGCAGUCGUACGGUCGGGACUUCCUGAGCCGAGGUGGAGACGUCGUCCUGAAUUUUCCUGUCCGUGCAAUCGAGACCGUGGCCGAGAGCCAGUCCAGGACCGGGGGCCUCGCACAUCCUGUCAGGGUAGUCAGCGACAAGAAGGCAGUCCGCUGUCGCUACAUCGUUACCUGCGGCGGUCUCUACUCGGACAAACUGGCAGCGCUUUCAGGCUGCAAUCCAGAGCCAAAGAUUGUUCCAUUUCGUGGGGAGUACCUUCUGCUCAAGCCAGAGAAGGCAGACUUGGUGCGAGCAAACAUCUACCCAGUUCCAGACCCACGUUUUCCUUUCCUCGGCGUACACUACACACCUAGGAUAGACGGCAGCGUCCUUCUGGGGCCAAACGCCGUGCUCGCGUUCCGGAGAGAGGGCUACGGCUACUUUGACAUCCACGUACCCGAGCUUGUGGAUGCGCUGGCCUACAGGGGUUUCCGAAAGCUGGUCGGUCGCAACAUGUCCUACGCCUGGCAGGAGCUCUAUCGGGGCGUGUACAUCCGAGCUCAGGUGAAGCAGCUGCAAAAGUACAUCCCACAGCUCCAGUUCUCAGAUGUCUCACGGGGUCCCUCUGGGGUGAGAGCCCAAGCCCUGGACCGCGAUGGAAAUCUAGUCGACGACUUUGUUUUUGACAGCGGUGAAGGAGAACUCGCCAAACGCACUCUACACGUUCGGAACGCCCCUUCACCGGCUGCCACGUCAUCUCUCGCCAUCGCUGAAAUGAUUGCCGACAAAGUGCAAGAGACAUUCCAACUGUGACCGGAAAGCAAAUUCAUCGCCACCAACCACGUGACAGUGACACUACAGAUCAUCUGCUGUCUACUGAAUGCUCAGGCAGUAUUCACAUUAGCGACUGACGAAGCUCGCGCAAUCGAGUUUUGUCACGGAGCUGCCCAACCAAUCGGCAGCUCCGAGUAAAAUGUAAAAAUGCGGUGAUGGCUAUUUUACAGCCAUGGAUGGGCGAGCGGAUGUGAACGUCACCAACUGUAACGUGUUUCGAUGUGGCGACAGCAAAUCACGCUCCCCAAUGUGAACAUCGGUGAGCAUGAUUUGCUGUGAACAUUGGUGAGCAACUCUCAUAGUCACGAAUGUGAACAUUUGUGACUGUGCGAGUUGAUGCUCCUCGGCCUAAAGUCACGACCGGUCAUGCCGUCGCGAAUGUGAACAGCACCGACUGCGAGGUGUUUUGAUGUGGCAACAGCAAAUCACACUCGCCAAUGUGAACAUUGGCAAGCGUGAUUUUCUGUGAGCAUUUGUGAGCAGCUCUCGUAGCCACAAAUGUGAACAUUGGUGAUUAUGAGAGUUGCUGCUCCUUGGCGUAGGGUCAUGAUCAGUCACGCCGUCACUGCCAUUUGUCGCAGUGAAUGCCACUUCAAAGCAACACUCUUUAGGCUGCAGGAUAGUGGAUAAUUGCACUAAUUGGUAUAGAUUCAUGGUUUUUUGGAAGCACAGACACACACGAGAGCGACGAGUGAGGUGCAGCGCCUUUUUCGUUGAUAACUAUGCCUGCAGCACCGUAUUUCUGUUAAUGUUGCUGUAAUACAUCAGUUAUCAUAAGGGGAAAUGAAAGCCCAGAUUUCAUUUUUUUGGAAUUUCCCAUCAAAGCCCCAGUGUUCAUUGUGUAUUUUAAUGUAUUUUCUCGUAUGUAGGCUAUCGCGAUGCUGUAACAGUUCUGAAAGGUUGUCAAGAUGAGUAUACGGGUUUAUUCAAGUACAAUGUAGUCCAGCAUUAGCAACAAAGAGAGAGAGACGCAAAUGAAGGAAAGUCAGGGAGGUUAACUUGAAUUGAAACUUCUGGUUUACUACCCUGCACUAAUGGGAAGGUGCAAAGAAAGAUUGAAGAAAAAGAAGAGACAAAAAUGCCAAUACAACCAAUAAGUAUUAGCAAUAAAUGGGCAAAUGAAUGAAUGAAUGAGUUACCAAUAAAAGGCGAACUGGUUCUUAGCAGCCGCCAUGAAAAUCAAUAUCACAGCAAGCUAAUGUGGAAAUCUGAAGGUGCUGUCACGGACUGUCUUUCCUUGUGGUUUUAUUCUGGCUUUACAAACACUCCUCUCAGGGUUGGUUUUCUUCGGUAUCGUUGAAGGGAACUUACUAAUACAGUUCUUUUCGUAGUGUUCUUUAACAUGUACAAAGGUUGUGAAGCACGUACGGCGUAGACUAAUUUACACGAGAAGGAACAAAUAAUGUUAGUUGUUGUCUUCUAGUCGCAGCAGCAUCUUUCCGCAAUUCUUGGAAAUAAAGUCCUAUUUUUG